UACCAGUCUACCAGGUACAUGAGGCAUCUAAAUUGUACUGUAGAUCCAUUAGAUUAGAUACUGCAUCUCAGUUCCAGCCAACCUCCUGCACAGCUACCCAAUUUGUCCUUACGCCGCCAUGGUCAACAUGAGGAAAGAUAGUGAUCUGACCUCAGCCGUCCGCGACCCAAACGCCCUCUUCCAGCUGCCCAUGUCUGCGGUCGGCGAUGAACCGAGGACGGCGGCGGCGGAAGCCCCACCACCGCCCUCUGCGACCGUGACGCCCGAGGAAACCAAAAACGCCGCCGGCGAAGAUGACCAACCUCAUUCCCCAACCCUCCCCUGCUCCUCAUCUUCAACAUUUCCCCUCCCUACACUCCGUCUCGAGGUUCGCGACGUGAUGCACACUGGCGCUCACCGCUUUCUCUCCCGCGUCGACGCCUCUGCCACCCUCCCGACCGCCGUGGCCAACGUCCAGCGCAUACUGUACAACACCCCGAAGGAUCACACGACGCACCUGCCGCCCACGCGCUCCGUGACGCUCAUCCUACGCGAUAUGGACGGCGUCGCCUACACCACUGGUAGCGAGCUCGACUCGGACCAUAAGGAGAUCCACUUUUCGCUGCACUAUAUCGAGAGCAUUAGCAAGCGAGAGAAGUGCAGCGGCGACGAGAACGACGGGAUCGCGCACGAGAUCGUCGGUGUCAUCACCCACGAGCUGGUGCACUGCUAUCAAUGGGAUGCCAAGGGCACCUGCCCGGGCGGCCUGAUUGAGGGGAUCGCUGACUUUGUGCGGCUGCGGUGCGGCCUGUCGCCUCCCCACUGGGAAAAGGACCUCGAAGGGAGUUGGGAUCGCGGGUAUCAACACACGGCCUAUUUCCUUGACUACCUGGAGUGCCGCUUUGGUGACGGAACAGUCCGCAAGAUUAACGAAGGGCUGAGGACUCGUAAGUAUGAAGAGAAGCCCUUUUGGACCGAGAUUGUCGGGCGUCCGGUCGAGCAGCUAUGGGCAGACUACGUGAAGGCUUCCAAAUGUGACGAGGAUCCAGCAGUAGCAGAAACAGCCAAGGCUGUUGCGUAACAUCAUGCAAUCACUUUGCUUCUAGAAAUGUAUCUCCACAACGUGAUUCCCAUGUGAGGCCUGCCCACCACUUCAGUUGAUUGCUUCAACGUGCAUUUAUUCCACAUAUAUCCCUAUCCUAAACUUCAAUAAACUCGAUCCGAGGUAACUCCCAUGCCUGUGACCUUGAACUCCGUGUGAGCAAAACAAAACAUAGAACAGA